AUGCAUGGCUCGGUCACAAAGUACGUACACCGGGCUGGACUGACUGGGGGGGCUGGCAUCCCCGUCGCCUAUCGCCGGAGAUACGGUGGGGAAGGUCUGGGUUUUGGGCAGGAGAGGCCGAUGUUGCUAGGUAACCUUGACGAAACGUCUUUCCCGAGCUUGGAACGCUCCAUGAGCUCUGGCAGGCAUGAAUUAGCCCGAGCACCCGAGCAAGCCAUCGUUGCCGCCAGGUAUUCACGCGGGAAACUAUCCAUUGACCGAGCGUCCAUGGCGAUGAUCCAACUACAGGCCGAGCAUGACAUUCCAUGGGUCACCAACCCACAUGCUGCAGCCCGCUUACAGUCCAGGGCCCAGCGGUGUAAUCUGAUUACAGUACCGCCUGCCAAUCGUGCCGCAGCGUCAUCGCCCUACUUCUAUGCCCUCCUCUCCUCCCUCUCUCCCUCUUCUUCCUCCCAACUUUCUCAUCUCAUUCCUCUCCUCACGCGCAUCAUCCUCUUGAGGUCCUUCCCCUCCUCCUCAUCCUCCUUUUUCCGUCGGGUAAGUCGCCGGAUCCCUCCAAUUGAGUUCCCUAAUCCUCCCACGAUUUCCCCGCGCUCUCCCACGCUUUCCCGUUCCGAAACCGGGCCUUUUUCUUCCCCGGAAGCACCUUCUCCCCAGGUGACUCACGCCAACCAUCAUUGGAUCAUUCGGCUAACUCGUAUACUAUAUUUCCCUUCAUCCCCAGCUCCCUGUGUCUUCUCUCUCUCAUCUAGAUCUCCUCUGAAUAGCUCUCCAUCUUCCCUUCCUAUACUCUAG